GUCACAUGGGCCGGAAUAAAGGGGGUGAGGCCGUUCGGGGACAGGCCUUCCGAGAGGGGCAGGGGGCACUGGCAUAAGGCGGCUGUUAAUGAGUAGGCAGUCUAUGGUGCUUCGCUGUGGAAUCCACAGUUCUGAGACUUGUUUUCUUCUCUGUGGUGAGACAGGGGAUUCCAAGAAACUCAAAUAUCAGGUCAACACUGCCGGUGUCUCUCCCACGCUCAGUAGAAUGAAAGCCAGAGAAAGUGAAAAUCUGUAGACUCCAGCUUUUACACUUUUACGGGGAAGACUUUCUUCUGGUCCACGUGUCGGUUGGGGUGGAAUCCCUUCCUUCCUUGCUGGCCCCUUGGUGCUCCCUCUCUUAGCUGCAUGUCUAGACUGAGGAGAUGGGGGCACUAGGAGAAGGAUGGAGGGAGGGGAAUUCCUGCUGGCUCCUCCCCAGAGAUGGCAAGAUGGUGAAGGGGCGCUGUGGCAGGCAGGAGAAUGGUCCCCAAAGAUGCCCACAUCCUAAUCCCUGGAACCCGUCAUUAUGUUACCUUACACAGCAAAAGGGACUUUGCAAGAGUGAUUGAAUUAAGGAUCCCGAGAUGGGGGGAUUAUCCUGGAUUCUGGGCUAUGUAGGCCCAGUGUAAUCACAAAGGUCCUUGAAACGUGGAAGAGGGAAGCGGAAAAAUCAGAACCAGAGAGAUGGCAGCACAAGAAGGCCCGGCCCGGUGUUGCUAGAGGAAGGGGCCAUGAGCCAAAGGAUGUGAGCAGCUUCUAGAAGCUGGAAAGGGCAAGGGCACAGAGUCUCCCCUGGAGCUUCCAGAAGGAACACAGCCCUGCCAACAACUUGACUUCAGCCCAGUGCGACCUGUUCCAAACCUCCGACCUCCAGACCUGGAAGGGCAUGAGUCUGGGUUGUUUUAAGCCACUAAAUUUGGUAAUUUAGUUCAGCAUCAAUAGGAAACUAAGACAGACGGUAAAAGGAGGCCUCUAAGAUUCUUUGAUGAGUGCCCAGCCCCAGCCAAGGCGCUGCACAGCCUCCCUGGAAGCAGGCCUCCCUUCUCAGCUUGGUUUUGGGAUCCGCUGUGCUGUAGUAACCACGGUGUGCGGGAUUGGCCUCCCAGAAAAGCAGCCUCCCACCACACUGCACCUGUCUGUCUGCCUUUGGCCCUGGCUUUCCUGAGGCCAGGUUUAAAUGGGGAGGAGUGCUGGUUAGCUGGUUGAAUAAAGAUCUGGAAUGAAAGUCAGCUCGAGCUUGUAGAUGUGGAGACAAUGGCAUUCUGUAAGUAACCAAGUGGCCACAUUCUCUUGCUAAUGCACCUUCAGAAGAAGAGCUGGUGGUCCAGGUGGUAGGGCAAUCUGGGCACCAUUCUUCUAGACUGGAUGCAUUGACUGAAAAUGUGUGGUUUGAAUGUCCUGCUUUGAAUUCUGGGGCAGCAUGUUUUUCAAGAUUUUCUUUCCACCUUCUCAUUAAUCUUUCAAUCUCAGAGAACGUCUUAUCGUUAUCGUGUUUUCUUACUAGAGAAAAGGUUCCCACACUUGCAAUCUCUAGCCCAGUCCUGUAAAGCAUCUACUUGGGGUGGCAGGGGAUGAGGUUGUGUUUGUCAGGUCCCCCCAAGGAGGGGGAUUCUGAUAUUUGUGGUGGUCCUCUGGGGAGUGUGUUACUUUGCUGUCUGUAGUUCUCAAACUUUAACGUACAUAAGAAUCAGCUGGGAAGCUUGUUGAAAAAUGCAGAUUUCCUGGUCUGGGGUGGGGUCUGGGGGUCUGCGUUUUUAACCGGGACCUCAGGGAUUGUGAUGCUGGGCUGCUUGAGAAACAGCAACUCUGGUGAAGCCCAGAAGACAGGUCUCACCUUCCCAUGUGCCUUUGGGCUUUGCACACCUGCUUUGACUCUCUUUCCCAGCUGCCUGCUCCUCAAAACCCGAAGAUUCGCCUGUACAACGCCGAGCAGGUUCUGAGUUGGGAGCCGGUGUCCCCCAGCAAUGGCUCAGGGCCGGUGGUCUACCAGGUGCAAUUUAAAUAUACCACUAGUACUAAGUGGUCCAACGUCAAUAACGACCCCGAAGGGGUGAACUGUAUGAAGAUCACUGUGACAGAAUGUAACUUUACCAAAACCAACAUCUCAAAGGGUUUCCCACUGCAUUUCAACGUCUCUUUACGUGUCCGAGCUGAGCUGGAAGAACGCAUUUCUCCCUGGGUGACGGUGCCUUGGUUCCAACACUAUCGGAAUGUUACCAUCGGGCCUCCAGAAAACAUUUGGGUGACCCCAGGAGAAGGUUCCCUUAUUGUCAGGUUGUCCCCUCCCUUUGACAUCCACGACUCCAUGGUUGUUUUUCAGUAUUAUGUCCAUUACUGGGAAAAAGCAGGAAUCCAACAGGACGAGAGUGAAGAGCCAUUGACUGGAGUGCCCCAGGUUAAAGGCCCUUUCAUGACCAACUCCAUUGUGUUGAAUGCUUUAAAACCUUUAAGAGUAUACUGUUUACGAGUCCAGGCAUGGCUGCUUUGGACAAAGCCAAACGUCUCUAGACCCGGACAUUUAAGCAACAUAUCUUGCUCCAAAACAAUGGAAGAUGCCUCUACCAAGCUUCAACAAGUCAUUCUCAUCGCCAUGGGAACCUUUCUGUUGCUGUUGGCGAUGGCAGGGGCCUGUCUCUUCAUGGUCCUGAAGUACAGAGGCCUGGUUAAAUACUGGUUUCAGUCUCCGCCAAGCAUCCCAGUGCAAAUAGAAGAGUAUUUAAAGGACCCGGCUCAGCCUAUCUUAGAGGUCUUGGACAAGGACAGCUCGCCAAAGGAGGAGGCCUGCGACUCUGUGUCUGUUGUUUUGUUUCCAGAGAAGGAGGAAGAAGGUGUUCUCCAAAGCACUUUGAAGGAAAGCAUUGAUCUGGUCCACCAGCCUGCAGGAAGAGGACUGAGCUAGUGACGCUGCUGAUGUUUCCGGUGGGACCUUACGGAGACCAGUGCCCCAUAUUCCUGUCGCAGAAAGGCCCGUUGGUACCUGGAGAGAAGUAGUGGGUCUCAUUGGGACUACAAGCUUAUUUUUUUUCUUUAAACUAAGAAUUUUCUAAAUCAUACAAGUUUCUAGAAUGAUUCUACAGAGAUAUCCCAGAAAAAUUAAGGUUUCUCUUAAACACUAAAAAGGCAUGUAAUUAUUUGUUAGCAAAAUGGCUCUGGCACACCUCUGAUAUUUUGUUCAUUGUUGGCUGGGCCACGCAGUCCGGAGAGUCAAGGGUCCCCUCCUUGACUCUGACAAGUGAGCUGUGGACCCUCAGGCAGUUCAUGUAACCUGUCCCAGCCUGUCCCAGCAAGGGACACUGAGCAGCCUCUCACAUCCAGUCUCCCAGCUUAAAAUGUGAUUAAUCUUGUAAAUAUGUUCCUAGUAAUUUAAGCGUUUUUUUUCAAGCUAGAAUUAAAAGACUAUAUAAUUGAC